AUGGUGAAGAAACCACUUGAAAGCAAAAGUUUAUGGAGUAGUUUGCCUAGCAAAGCUUCAAAACUACCUUGUACAAGUGGUUCUCUUUCUCUAUCCAAGAAGAGAGCUUCCAAGAAGGUGGCGACUCUCAAGCAUGAAGAAAGGAGGAGACUUUGGUGUGAUGGAUACAAGAAGGAGGUCAUGUACACAAGUGUUGUUCUCUGUCCACCAUCAAAUCAAGACAAAGACGAAGACUUUGCCCAUGCUGUUCAGAGCCUACACAUGUACUUACAAGAGGCAGGGGAGAAGAGAUCAAGGGAGGAACCAGUAAGCUUAAGCGCAGCUGUUAGGGUGAUGCGCUCCUGGUUUCAAGACUCAGUGUUGCUCACUUCCAAGCUUGGUCCUUCACUCAUUUUCUCCAGAUCAAGCUUGAGGAGGGGUAAUGAAGUAACCUAUGAUAAGCCAAACUUUUUUCAAAAUACCGUCAUCACGUCACUUACCUUCCAAACAUCAAGUGGGAGAACAUCAUUCUUUGGGUAUAAAGUGGGUAAAAAGUUUGUCCUGGAACAAAAGGAUCUUAGACUUGUGGGAUUCCAUGGAAGAGAAGGCGACGCUAUUGAUGCUCUUGGAGCCUAUUUUGCACCUAUUCCUACUCCUGUUCCUGUGAUUCCAGCCACAAAACUACCAGCGGUAGGUGGAAAUGGAGGAGUUGCAUGGGAUGAUGGUGUUUAUGACGGUGUAAAGAAGAUAUACGUAGGACAAGGUAACGAUGGUGUGUCCUUUGUCAAGUUUGAGUAUGUUAAAGGGACAAACUUGGUAUCUGGAGAUGACCAUGGGAAGAAGACAAUACUCGGAGCUGAAGAGUUUGUGUUAGAAGAUGGUGAAUACCUCACGGUUUUGGAAGGCUGCUACGAUAAGAUCUUUGGAGUGGAGGAACCCAUGAUUAUCUCUCUUCAGUUCAAGACAAACAAAAGGGAAUCAGUUCAGUUUGGAAUGGAUGCCGGUGAGAAGUUCUCACUCGGGGAGAAAGGCCACAAGAUUGUCGGAUUCCAUGGACAAGCUAGUGAUGUUCUUCACAGUGUUGGAGUCACUAUUGUGCCCAUCACCACCAACAAGUGAAAUAUCUAUUUUAUGAGUAAAA